AUGCAGUCUCACCAGGGCAGAGUAGAGGGGGAGGAGAACCUUUUUCGACCUACUAACCACACUCCAUCUAAUACACCCCAGGGUGCCAUUGGCCUUCUUGCAGUGCUGGCUUAUGGUCACCCUGCUGUCCACCAGGAUCCCUCCUCCCUGCGCUGCUCUCCAACGGCUGGUUUGCAGUCCCCCUCACUACUCGAUCGUCCACACCACCUUCCUCAGUUUAGCUGCGAGGAUGCUGUGGGAGAAGGUGCCAAAUGCUCUCCUAAAAUCAAGAUAGACCACAUCCACUGCUUUACCAUCAUCUAUCCACCUGGUUACGUCUUCAUAAAAGGCUAUCAGAAGCACCGGUGGGCCACACCUGAGCCUCCUGAGAGGCUCCUGAGAACUAAGAGUAACCGGUGUUCUGACAACACUGUUGUGCAGGCAGCUGGAGACCUUUCUGCCCAGGAAGCCCGGGAAGAAGGAGCUCUCCAAGAGCUGUGUAUGGACAUCCUGGGGUCACUGGAUCUCUCUGUGAGAGGGAUGACCAAACUCCUGUGGCCACGGCUGCUGCUGUACGUGGUGCCAGCCCAGUACACCGGCAUGCUGAUCCCGGUCUCCCGCUGUGUCCAAGCACUGGCUGAGAGAGGGGACCUGAUGGUGCGGGAGGUGGAAGAACUGGAUGCCCAUUUCCUCAGCUCCAUGUUUCAAGGCCCACUGCUGACUCCCCAGACACUGCUGGCACGCCUGUUGGUGGUGGCAGGGAGCCCUUUUGCAGGCAGCGAACUCCAAGCCGCUGCCUUGCUGCUCAUGCAAAACCUCCACAGCAGGAUCCACAGAGCUGUGGGGGCCAUGUGGGCCGCUGAGAUCCCCCUGCUGCUGCAGUGCCUCCAAGGGAAAGAUGAGAGCUUCCCGGACUCUGCAGAGUGGGAGCAGCGCCUACUAAAGUUCCUGAGGGCAUCACUGGACACCAUGGAGGAUGAGGCCUGGACCAGGGGCCUGAGCUGCGAGCUGAGCCGGUGGCUGAGCAGCUCUCCCAGCGGCUCUGGAGAGAAGUCUUUCCUGUACAAGGCUCUGGGGACAGUGCUGGGAGCUUGUAAGGAAGUCCUCCACGUCCAAGAGAAGCUUCUGCAACACCUGGAGGAAGCAAACGCAGAGGAGCCAUCUGAGGCCCAGGGAAUGAUCUCUUUUCUCAGCCAUGCCGCUGAGAGCAACUUCCACACAGUCCUGGACACACUCACCAUGUUUGCGUCCAGGCUGUGCAAAGGCCAAAAGGGGAGGAUUUCCAGACGCAAGAAGAUGGAGCUGGACAGCAGAAGAGCUCACGCCACACGCAGCGCUCUCAUCCUCGCCCACGGCAGCUUGGCACUGCGUGCCUCCAAGGAACAGCUGCUCGCCCGCCUGGAGGGAGACAUCGUGGGCAACAUCCUGCUGCUCUACAGCUGCAGCUGCCGGGACCUGCAGAACACGCUUGCGCUGGUGCAGAGCAUCACCGACUUCAGCUCUGCCUUCCAAGCUGUGGGUGACUCUGUCUGCUUUAACCCCUCCUUGAAGGGCAAGCUGCUGGAGAUCCUGACGGACUUGCUGAAGAAAUAUUACUUGGGCACCCCUGUAUCCCCAGUGCCCCUCAAGGUGGUUCUGGCCCUGGAGCAGUUGAGCAAGCUGAAGCCCUCUUUAGGAACCAAGGACAUGUGUGACAUGUUGAGUCUGUGCUGCAAGAAUGUUGUGUUGCACCCUUCAGCAGAGAUGAUGCUCAAGAUCAAGAAGUCACAGCAAGCAGCUCAGUACCUGCAGCUUCUGCAAACAUCAUUGAAAGCUCUGGGCCGGCUCAUGGUGGUCCUGCUCGAGACAGAGACCAGCGGCCUCUUCCAGAACAUAGUCCAUAGAUCAAUGACGUCAGACAACAUGUGGGAGCGCAAGAGGGCCCUGCAGAUCUGCUCCCAGCUGCUGGCUGCUUGUGAAGAGCAUGGAAGAGGAGAUGCCUGCAAGCACUUUGGCUCCUUGGUGGGAUUGCUGGCGCCUCUGACGUGUGACCCCAUGCCCACAUCCCGCCAGCUGGCCGUCACCUGUCUGAGCUCCCUUCUCCGAAUCCAAGCCAAGGCGACCAAUGGAGUCAUCAAGAUGGGUGACAUCGGGAGCCUGUGUGAGGGGCUGAAUGACCGCAGCACCGUCUGUCAGCUCCAGACCUCUUCCAAAAUUGCACGGAUUGUGUACAGGACCUUCCCCCUGGAAGACACCAUCGACUUCAUGAUGGCCAUCAAGGACACCUUCCGGAAGGCCAAAGGAAUGCGUGUGCGUGCUGCUGGGAGGUGGAUGAUCACCUUUCUGCAGAUGUAUGGAAAGGACAUCUGUCGGGACGUGCCACUGACCAACUACAUCCUGCGCAGCUGCACGUCGUCCCCACAGCACAGCACGUUCAUGCCAUUCCUGUCCCAGGCGGUGGUCAUCCUCACGCGCUGUCAGGCAGACGUCACGACUGACAGCUUCUUUCCGGCUGCUUGGAGCCCACAGACAGUGAGACAUGGAGGAGAAUAAGAGCAAUUUGUCUUCAGUGGUGGAGCCAAGAGAAGAAAAAAAAGAGGAAAGAGAAGGAAAGGAAAAAGCAACGGGAGAAAGAGAUGAGAGGAGAGGGAGAGGGGGAGGGGGAGAGAGAGGGAGAGGGAGAGGGAGACGGAGAGGGAGAGGGAGAGGGAGAAAGAAGAAGAGGAAGAGGAAAAGGAAGAGGAAGAGGAAGAGGAAGAAGAG